AUGCCUCUCAAGAAGUCAUACUCGGAGCAUGUUGGUCCAGGGCCAAAGAACCGCUCAUGGCAACGCUCGAAAAGCAACCCCAUCACUGCUCAAACCACGUCGCGACCUCUCGCCCCCGUAUCCGAUAAGACCAAGAACAAGCUGAACCAAUUCCAAUUCCAGUCCGCCGAUAAAACAUAUGAUGACCAAGAAAAUGAUGCGCCCGGCGGCCACCUCUCCGUUACUCCGUCAACAAAGUUGAGCUGGCGAGAUCUGAUGGAGACGAAUGUACCCAAGAAAGAGACCCAAACUUCGCCAGGCGAACGAAUCCUAUGGGACAAUGAACGAAACAAAGACGACCGCACCUAUGCUGCCGCCCUCUCCCCGAUGUUGCAAAGGAAAGGCCGGAAGCGUGCCAGGAGUUCUUCACCGGUGUCGUCCCCUGCCCCCGACCAACCCGCAACGCCGGCAGUGAACGUCAAGAAGCUCAGCGAGGCCCUCAAAUCGCCGCAUGCCGACCCAACCCUGGAGCUUUGGGAUCGAUUCUCUCUUAGUAGCAACGGCAACGUCACUCCCCUCGGCGUCUCGAACCCCGCCCUGGCUCACCUAAUGUUCUCCUCUUCUCCGCGCAACCUCAAGACUGCACCAGCCCCCGCCGGUGGCGAUGCUAAUUUGCGGAGAGCCAUAAGCUGCGGCCUCAAUUGGCCAAAGAGGAGAAGAGUAGACCGCGGAGAUGCGCCUUCAUUAACCAGCACGUUGACACGGGAGACGACAGACAGCUCCAAGAACUCUCUAGUCACGGCGUUGCUGGACACCGUCACCGGAAGCAUUCAAGAGGACAGCCCGCCACAAGAGGCGCCUGAGCCGCUGCCCGAGCAUGAUUUCGAGACACCAUCUCCUAAGAAGAGAAAGACGGAUACAAUGCGAAGGCCGCCGUCCUCACCAACGCCGAGACCAACCAGGAUUCCGAAUCUGCCGCCCCCGGGCAAGAGCUCUAAUACGGCUGUAGCAAAGGACCUGGGCUUAGAUAAAAAGAACGCUGCUCCAGCUGCCGAGUCCGACUAUGGCGACGAUGACUUUGAUGAGUUCGACGACGACACUUUCUUGGAACUAGAGGCCGGUAUGAGUCUUUCCAAUCCCCAGCAAGAGCCGACGCAGACUACCCCGGUGCCCCUGCCAGUUCAAGCAGCCAAGCAGGACAUCGCCGCGAUGGAUGACGAGUUUGAUGACUUGGAUGAAGACAUUUUCGAGGCCGCGGAAGGGAUCAUGGAAACUGCAGAGAUACACCUGGCGUCUCAAUCUGCAACAUCGGCAAAGCCUGCCUCCGCGCCGAGACCCUUACCGGCUCCUUUGGAUAACGACCCGGACGACGUCUUUGGAGAUGACUUCGGCGGAGACUUCGAUUUCGACGCUGCAGAACUCGCUGCGACACAGACCGCUCAGCAAUCCCACGCCCCAUCCACAACUGCUACAAAACCCAAAGCCAUUCAGCGAUAUCUGGUGACCAAUGUCCUAGAAAGCGAGUACACAGACGAUCGUGAUCGGUCCAGAAUGGAAAAAACUCUGAUCGUGCAAAAGGAUAACAGCAAGACCAUGAGGACAAUACACCUCCGGGGAGACUGGUUCGAGACACCAGCACACCCCAAAGCAUACGUACACGUCAUUGGCGACUUUUCUGCUGAUGGGCGAUGCAUCAUUGAUGAUUCCCAAAACAUUCUGGUCUUGCAUCCCGAUCAACUGGUCUCCGCAACAGUAGUCGCCGAUUCUUUUAGUUGCAUGCGGAGGGCUGUCUUGCAAGACCGCGUCAAAGCCACUAGCGAAGCAACUGCUCCUCUUGUCUACGGCACCAUGCUCCACGAGAUCUUCCAAGAAGCCCUGAUGGCGAACAAGUGGGAUCUCCGGUUCCUCAGCACAAUUAUCGACAAAGUCAUCGAGAAACAUGUAGAGGACCUGUACAAGAUCAAGGUCAGCACGAGUAUUGCCAGGGAGCACCUGCAGUCCAAGAUGACUGAGUUGAGUUGUUGGGCUUCGGCCUUUGUCUCCUCUCAGCCCAAGGCAAAGUAG